AAGAUCAAAUGUGACCGAGUCCACCCCUGCACCCACUGCAUCAAGGCGCGAUCGGAGUGUCUGUACGAACCAGCCCAGAAGCCCCGCGCAAAAAAGCAACGCGUCUUGAUCUCUAGUGUGUGUGAGAGUAGGGUGGAACAUAUCUCUAAGAAGAUUGAUGAUCUCACGGAGAUGAUGACCCGACUUAGCUACGGACAGCUGGCCAAUGGCGACGCCUUGCCCCAGCCAGCGUCAGAUCCUCGGCCGACUAGAGUCCGGUCUCAACCCGCCGCCCAAGCUCCAGCCACAGUCAGACAGUCCAACAAACAACGCACUCUCUCCGUAGCAGAGCAUGAGUUCAUCGACUCGUCCCUUUUUGCGCAUGCGGUCAUGGCUACCAAAUUUCUGCAAGACACUGUGGAUGCUGACCCGUCCGUCUCAAACGUGGCAGCCGAGAUGGCCUCCGUGCUGGACACACUGCGAUCGGUCGUCGACUCUCAAAAACGGCAGAACGAUGCCUCCGACCAGUUGCGCCCGUUUACCAAACCGCCCGCGCCAGGCAUUAGCAUGAGCGACCUGCCAAUCCCGCCGUUGGCCAAGAUUAUGGCCUGCUUGCGGGUGGCUCGGGAGCACCCUCGUGUUCUGGUUUUCUGGCCCCAGGAGUCCAGCUCCUUGGGCGAGUUUACUGAGUACGUCAUAAAGGUCUGCUCGCCUGGCCCUGUCAUGGAUGCCGACUUGAUCAUAGUGCAUUCUGGCCUUCAUUGGCUAUUCUCGGAGUGUUCCAGUAUCAUGAUCGACGACGAAGUCAAACAAGACUUUCGAGCACAGGCCUUGGUGUGCAAGCAAAGCCUUGAAACAGUGCUUUCAUGUCUUUCUUUUCACAUACCUAUGACUAUCGAUUACGUGUUUGCCAUGUACAUGGCGACGCUUUAUUCUUUUCAUCGAAGCAAGCCGUUCGUGGCAUGGGAAUUCAUUAGCAAGGCGGCACUGAUGGCUCAGGGCCUGGGUUUGCACAGCAAGCUUUCCAUGGCUGGUGAGACUUCCGAGGAUAGACGGAGCAAGACUUACUUGUUCUGGGCGGUGUAUGCCUUGGAAAAAGCCGUCGCCUUGCGUCUCACCAGAGCAUCAACCAUACGUGACCACGACAUCACCAUACCAAGACCUGAACUCGAGCGCAGGCCAGUAUCGGUGCUGCAAAGCAGAUCGAUCAACUGGAUCGAUGAAGCGAGCCUUUACGGCCGACUGUAUGAUGAUUUGUUCAGUCCAAGCUCACUGGCCUUGGCUAUGCCUUCCCGGGUGGCUCGUGCCAAGGCGUUGGCGAGUGACUGGAAGGAUCUCAUGGUCAAGAGGGGAGAGUACUAUGUGAGUCACAUAGAGCCGGUCGAGCCUGUGCUCUUGAGCUUUCUCAAGCAUGCGGACAGGGUCAGCGACUAUUCAUUGCUCACCGCUAUUCACCGGUGCAUUCCAGUCGACGGCUCCACCAGAGCUGGAAUCUCCGGUGAGUGCCUGUCUACGGCAAGAGCCGCGCUGCAGGAGCAUGGCAAAUGCAUUUCCAUGCUCCCAGACGAAGCACUCAACUCAAUUCAUCUCGACCUGUGGAUCAACGGGGCGUUGCUUCUGUUGCCCUUCAUUCCGUUCAAUAUUCUCUUUUGCAACAUCGUCGAGACCGUCGAUUGGUCCGAUCUAGGGCAUCUUCAGAGGCUAGUAGACGCCCUCGAGGCUCUGUCCAAGAUUCCUCGUUACUCGAGCUGCACCAGGCAGCUUCGCAUUUUCGGAGCACUGUUCAGCGUCGCCUCGAAAUAUGUGGAGAUCAAGACCAAAGCGCAGGACCUACAAGACACUGCAUUUAUCCAGCCGGCCUCCGUACGGGUGAACGGCGCCGAAGUCGCCUCUCAAACAACAGAAAUUGAGAGGCAGCCGUUUGGGACCGUGCCUCUGGAUGACUCCUUGGCCAGCAUCGAGGAGAAAAUCGAAGACAAGUUAAUGACAUGGAGCAUCGUACCUCCAGGAAACUAUCAGAACCGAGCUGGAGUAUUCGAAGACCAAAAUUUCAACGACUUCGACAUGGAGCUCGACCCGCUCGGUGCACAGAUGGGCAGCUGGUUGCAGGAGAACAACGAAAUGAUGAACUUUCUACUUGAUGGCUGA